AUGAAGCAGCUAUCUAGGAGAUAUUGCUGGUGGCCAUUUAUAGACAAGGCCAUAACCGAACGUGCAGCAAAAUGCAUACAAUGUCAGGAAACAAGCAGUAGCCCAAGGAAGGAGUAUUCGUCGUGGCCGUCACCUAAUCAUGCAUGGCAGCGUAUACACCUGGAUUUUGCGUUUCUUGGACACAUGUGGUUGGUUUGUAUAGAUGCAUUUUCUAAGUUCCCGUUAGUUGUUAAAAUGUCCACAACAACGUCAUCUGCCACAAUUUUAAUUCUGAAAGGAAUUUUUGCGCUGGAGGGACUACCUGAUACAGUUGUUUCGGACAAUGGUCGACAAUUUGUGUCCCACGAGUUUGAGCAAUUCUGUUCUUCAAACGGCAUUCAACAUUUGACGUCAGCACCUUUUUAUCAUGCCUCUAAUCUAGAGGCUGAACGUUUUGUAAGGACCUUUAAAACGUCAUUAAAGAAGAUUAUGGAAGGAGGAGAAGACUUGAAUAAUGCGUUACUUCACCAUUUAAGCACUUUUCGAUCGACACCGAAUCCUGUUACCGGGAAAUCACCAGCAGAAAUACUACAUGGACGUCAGCCUAAAAUUCCUCUUGCUUUGAUGUUCCCUCGACAGAACAAACUACAAAGCAGCAAAGGACUUAAUCGUUUUGUUAGCGAACAGCUGGUGUUAGUGAAGAACUUCUCAAGAGGACCAAAAUGGAUUCGAGGUAGGGUAAAAAAGCAACUUAGGAGGAUGACAUACCUUGUAUCCACAGUUUUUGGAACUCUAAAGCGACACCAAAACCAGAUGAGGCCUCAGCACUCGGAUGAAAAUCACUUGGAUGAGUUUUUCAUGAAUAAGGGCCUUCAAAGUUCUGCAGCAAAUCAGGCAAUUAUAAAUUCUGAUAAUACUAAUAUUCCUUCAGUCUCAUCGACAGUAAGCAAGAUUGUUCCUCAAGCAACAGAAACAAGGGACAACAAUGGAGCUGCCAAGUCGUCGGUGAUUCCGGCUGUGCAAACACCUAGACGCUCUUACAGACAACGAAGACCUGUCGUUCGAUUCCAGGUCUCACAUUGA